AAAACGUCGCUAGACACCUCGUAUAUCACCAAGAAGCUCAUCCUCAACGAUGACGAUCUCUGGGCCACGCGGAAUCUGGGAGACCAGAAGGAGAGCAAAGUUCUCGUCCUGUACUCCGGAGGAACGAUCGGAAUGAUAAAGAACAAAAAUGGAGUCCUGGCUCCCGAACCGAAGAUGAUGGAGAAAAAACUUCGGACCUACCCACAGCUGCACGACACUGAGUACACUGCGAAAAUGUUUCCCAACUGCGAUAACCCGCCUCUUGUGCUUCCGGAUACGGGUGACAACUUCCGUGUAGUGUACACAGUGUACGAAUACCAGCCCCUGUUGGACUCGUCCAACAUGACAAUGGACGACUGGAUCCGCAUAUCCUUGGACGUUCAACAUUUCUACAUGAACUUCGACGGUUUUGUCAUUCUGCAUGGGACAGAUACCAUGUCGUACACGGCGUCCGCUCUCAGUUUCAUGCUGGAAAAUUUGGGAAAGUCUGUGAUCAUCACCGGCUCCCAGAUACCCCUGUUCGAGCCCCGAAGCGACGGUCGAGAGAACCUACUGAACGCUCUGAUCAUCGCGGGGAACUACAUCAUUCCCGAAGUGACUCUCCUCUUCAACAACAAAUUGUUCAGAGGGAACCGCACCACGAAACAUUCUGCUUCGAACAUGGACGCUUUCAGCAGUCCCAACUUGCCUCCUCUGGCGACGAUCGGAAUCAAAAUCAAUGUCGACUGGAAAGCCGUGGUCGUCCCGGCCAGUAUCGACAAGUUCAGAGUUCACUCGAUGCUGAGCCGGAAUGUCGGUUUGCUCCGACUCUUCCCCAGCAUCACUGUUGAAGUGGUCAGAGCUUUCCUUACGCCACCCAUCGAGGGCGUAAUUCUGCAGACUUAUGGAGCCGGCAACGGCCCGACGUCGAGGAAAGACUUACUGGAUGAAAUCCGGAGAGCAACCCUCCGCGGAAUCAUCAUCGUCAAUUGUUCGCAAUGCCCCAACGGUCGCGUCGAGGGCGUCUAUGAAACGGGAAACGCUCUCGUGGAGGCUGGCGUGAUUCCAGGUUCCGACAUGACGCCUGAAGCAGCGUUGGCGAAACUUUCGUACAUAUUGUCCAAGAAAGAAUGGUCCCUCGCAACCAAGAAAGAGAUGAUGCAAACUAGCCUACGAGGAGAGUUGACUGUGGUCAAAGAGACGGCGUUGAAAGACCUCGAUCUGAUCACGGCGAUCGCUAAGACCAUGAACAUCUCAUCCACGGAAGAAUUGGAAGCUUUGAAAACAACGCUUGUCCCUUCAAUACUCUGUAAUGUCGCUGCCAAGGGAGACUGCGAAAGACUUGAAGUCAUGAGGCAAUUCGGAGCCUACCUUUCGGCUUGCGACUACGAUUACCGAACGCCUCUUCACAUCGCGGCCUCUGAGGGAAACGUAGCCAUGGUCGAAUACCUCUUAAAACAGGGUGCAUCAGUCCACAUGAGAGAUCGCGAUCGUAAAACUCCGCUGCUGGUUGCCAUCGAUUGGGAUCACCAUGAUGUCAUUGAUCUGCUUAUCCGUGGCGGAUCACACUUGUCUUUGCCUCCGGAAACACUGGCUGAAGCCAUGAAUUCGGCGGCACGUAAAGGCGAUCUCCGGCGUCUAGAGAGCUACAAGAGGGCCGGUGCGAAUUUAGCGGACCGCGACGCAGCCGGUCGUAGUCCCUCGCAUGCUGCUUGCGAAAACUGUCAGGUGGAUGUGCUGCGCUAUCUGCUGGAUCACGGUUUCUACAGCGACGCCACAGAUGUCUACGGGCACACUCCGAAAGAGAUCGCCACGAUUCUAGGGUACAAGGACCUGGUCAAUCUGAUUGAAGAUGGGAUCCGGCCGGACGACGAGAGAAGUUUGCCUGAAAGCGGCCUCAGCGUUGACCAUCUGGAGAGACGUUUCAGUGACGGCGCGAGCUCGAUAUCACCGAGACAGUCUCCAACACCCCGUGAGAGUGUUUCAGGUUACUUUUCGUCGACGCCCCCGAUGAGACCGGACUCGAUUAAUAGUUUACUUUCGACAUCGCCGACAAGAAGAUCGGAUUCUAUAACGAACUUUCUGGCAUCGUCACCAACACAACGCACCGGUCAUUUACUGCUCAAUGGGUAUGUAGGCUAGAAUCGAGACGCGGAUUCUAUGCCGACAAGCUCAGCGAGCCGAGCCUCAGCCCCCGAUCAAGUCCAGAGAAAGAGAGAACAUCACGAGCGAAGCGUAAAUGCAGCAGUCAUCGAGCGUGAGAAUGA